AUGUCAGAUGAUGAGAUUAAUCAGUUGUGCUUAAUGGAUAUAGACAAGAUCUUACAUUCUUAUGGUAAAACCUUGAAAGACUAUCCUCCUAUGCCUUUAGCAAUUGACGUUGAUAGUUCAUUGUUAACCGAAAGGGUUAUCAGCGAAGAGCUAAACUUUAACAGGGAUGAUUUAAAGAAAAAUGCCUCAAACAUGGAUUUUUCCUUUGUGUAUGGUUAUGGGGGUACUGAAAAAAUAUUUCUCUGGAACCUUAUGUCUGCUGAGAUUCGCUCAAGGGGUGAUAUUGUGUUAAACAUUGCUUCAAGUGGUAUUGCAUCUUUACUUCUUUCCAAUGGAAGAAUGGCACACUCAAGGUUCAAAAUACCGCUGAAUAUAACUGAGGAUUCUGUAUGUAACAUCAAACCUGGUUCCCCUCAAGCAAUGCUGCUGUCGAAAGCCAAACUUAUAAUUUGGGAUGAGGCUCCAAUGGUUAGUAGGUACUACUAUGAAGCGCUUGAUAAAUACUUAGGUGAUAUAAUGAGAUUUUCUCCAACAUAUAACAAAGAUUUGCCCUUUGGAGGAAAAGUGGUUGUACUAGGUGGAGACUUUAGACACAUUCUUCCUGUCAUUUCACGAGAAUCGAGACAAGAUAUCAUUCAUUCAACCGUGAAUUCGUCUUACCUUUGGAAGUUCUGUUAG